AUGACUGGGGAUUGGGUGCACCCUAGCAAGGCUCUAUUCUGUGUAAUUUGGGUCAUUGUGGCUGCCAGCAAUGGGCCUGACAAUGAAGCACCACAAAGAAACACCCAGCUGGGAUGGGUCAAGGGGAAGCGAGUUGCCGUGCAAGGGAGCCCCAUGCCUGUCAACGUGUUCCUUGGAGUUCCCUUUGCUGCACCCCCUCUGGGACCCCUGCGAUUUACAGACCCACAACCUGCAAGGCCCUGGAAUGACUUGCGAGAUGCUACCUCCUACCCAAAACUGUGCUUCCAGAACUUGGAGUGGCUGCUCUCAGAUCAGCACAUACUCAAGGUGCGUUAUCCUACAUUUGAAAUCUCAGAAGACUGCCUGUACCUUAACAUCUAUGCACCAGUUCCUGCUCGCGAGAACUCCAAACUGCCUGUGAUGGUGUGGUUUCCAGGGGGUGCUUUCGAGACUGGCUCAGCUUCCAUCUUCGAUGGGUCUGCACUAGCUGCCUAUGAGAAUGUGCUGGUUGUGACUACUCAAUACCGGCUUGGAAUAUUUGGCUUCUUCACCACACAGGACCAGCAUGCUUCUGGGAACUGGGGCUUUAAGGACCAGCUGGCUGCUCUUUCCUGGGUGCAGAAGAACAUCAAUUUCUUUGGUGGGGACCCUGGCCGUGUGACCAUCUUUGGCGAGUCAGCAGGAGGCAUAAGUGUUUCCAGCCUUGUUCUGUCCCCCAUGGCCACUGGUCUGUUCCACAGGGCCAUCAUGGAGAGUGGGGUAGCCAUCAUUCCCUACCUGAAGUCUGCUGAUGAUCAAAGGAGUAAAGAUUUGCAGAUUGUUGCAGAAGCCUGUGAUUGCAAUGCGUCAGACUCCCUGGCCCUGCUGACGUGCCUGAGAGAGAAAUCCUCCAAGGAGUUACUGAGCCUUGGCCAGAAAACAAAGUCUUUCACUCGAGUGGUUGAUGGCCGUUUCUUUCCUGAAGAGCCUCUAGAACUGUUGACUCAACAAACCUUCAAAACAGUUCCUUCUAUCAUUGGUGUCAAUAACCAUGAGUGUGGUUACCUGCUCCCCAUGAAGACAAUUCCUGAUAUCAUUGAUGGAGCCAAUAAGUCUUUUGCUCUUCAUGUGAUACGCUCUAUUCUGAACAUUCCUGCCCAGCUUUUGUAUGUUGUGUCUGAUGAAUACUUUCAUGACAAACACUCUUCUGUUGAAAUCCGAGAUAGUCUCCUGGACUUGCUUGGAGAUGUAUUCUUUGUGGUCCCAGCACUGAUCACAGCUCGCUACCACAGAGAUAGUGGUGCACCUAUCUACUUCUACGAGUUUCAGCAUCGACCCCAAUGUUUUGAAGACACGAAGCCUGCGUUUGUCAAAGCUGACCACUCUGAUGAAAUCCGCUUCGUCUUUGGAGGUGCCUUCCUGACGGGGGAUGUGGUCAUGUUUGAAGGAGCUACUGGAGAAGAGAAGCUGCUGAGCAGGAAGAUGAUGAGAUACUGGAGUAACUUUGCUCGGACUGGGAAUCCAAAUGGGGACCACCUGCCUCUGUGGCCAGCCUACAACAAGACUGAAAUGUAUCUGCAGCUGGAUUUGAACAUAAGUGUCGGAGAGAGACUGAAGGAGCAGAGACUGAUGUUUUGGACCAACACUUUUCCCCUGAUAAUGUCUGCUUCUGAAACUCUCCCCAGUCCUCUUUCUUCCUUAAUCUUCCCUUCCCUGCUCUUGCCUUUCCUUUGCUUGUCUUCUUGA